AUGUCCAGCCACGCCCACGGCGACUCGAUAAAACUGCUGACAUUCAACCUAUGGGGCCUCAAAUACGUCUCAAAGCAGCGCCGUGAACGUCUCACGACGUUUGCAAGUAGGCUUCGGAGCCAGCCCGACUACGACAUCGUCGCCCUACAAGAGAUCUGGACGGACGAGGACUGGAAAUCAAUUGUCGAUCAGUGUCAGGACGUAUACCCUUACACAAGAAGAUUCUCCUCCGGGAUUAUCUCAGGCCCUGGCCUGGCGAUUCUUUCCAAAGUGCCAAUAAAACGGACGUUUUUGUACCGUUUCCCUGUCAAUGGAACGCCCACAGCUGUUCACAGAGGCGACUGGUAUGUCGGAAAGUCUGUUGCCGUGACGUUGCUGGAACCGCUCUACGAAGGUGCUUCGCCAGUAGCGCUUCUGAACUCUCACAUGCACGCACCUUACGCCCUUACUGGCAGCGCUGCAUACGCCUGUGUCAGAGCGUGCCAGGCCUGGGAUAUCGCGUCUGUUGCUCAGACGUAUAGCGAGGCCGGCUACGCAGUGAUUCUGGUGGGCGAUCUCAACUCGCGACCAGGAUCGUUACCUUAUAGAAUCAUGCAGUCUGAAGCAGGCCUCACUGACAGCUGGGAAGAAAUCCACGGUCCCACCGAUGCUGACAAAUUGCGCCAAAUGUCGCCGGAGGACCAGAUCAAACUUGGAGGAGCCACCUGCGACUCCACGCUCAACACAUGGCGCGCAGAUAGACGACCAGACGAGGCGUGUCGUUUGGACUACGCCCUCAUAGAUAACACUCGGCUCCGUGCUCUGGAUGCGUCCGUGCAAUUUACCGAAAAGAUUCCUGGCGUGGGCUCCUACUCGGACCACUUUGCGUACUCGGCGACGUUCAAGGUUCUUGCAAAGUCUGCCACAGUCCCGUCGAGACCCCCAAAGUCCGGGAGGUUGGAAAUUUACCAAGAGCUUACAGAUUUGGUGGCAGAAUAUUUGGCCUCCAAAAAUUCGUGGCAGAGCUCGCUUCUUCUUUUGCACUUCUGGCUCUCUGCGCUUGCAUUCAUUGCAUUUCUGGCUGUCAUCGUGGUCGUGUCGUUCGUUGCUCCUUGGGCGUCGAUUGUCUUCCUCUUUUUUGGAGGCCUCGUGCUGGCUACCGGACUGCUGAGCGGCCAGAUCGGAUUUCUGUUCUGCAGAUGUGAGCGCAGAGCCAUGACGGAAAUCAUUCUACAAGUGGCAGACGCUACCCGCUCGCUACAGGACAAUUGA